CUCCCAUCCCCGCUAUAAAACCCUCCAUUCAUCUCUCUAUCUCGCCCAGAAAUACAUUGCGUAUAAAUACGCCCACACAUCUGCACGUAUACGUAUAGAGAGCGAUGGCGUACUGGGGGAGGCGGAGAGGAUACCAGAGACUGGAUGGGACGUCGGGUAAACGGGCCGAGUUGGACCCGAAUCCGACCCGUAAGAGGAUGAAGAGAGUGUGGAGGGUAAAGAUAAUCCCGAAGCUGAGAAUAUUAAAGAGGGCGUCGCCUAAGAGGAUUCUUGUCUGGCUCCGAGACGCAUACGUCAACAUGAUGCUUCGGCUUGCAAACUCUCGGGUCGUCGGAGCAUCCGGCCACGUCGGAUUCGGGGCCGAGUCGGGUCCGGUUCUCAAAGAGUACGACGAGAAGGUACUGGUGGGGGUUUACAAGUCGAUUUUGAUGGUGCAGGGGAAUUCGGUGCACCACGACGCACCCAAACUUGCCUCCGUUCUUGCCUAGCCCGUGAGCGAAACUGUUACCGGUUAUUGUGGAUUCGAUUUAGAAUUUUAAUAAGGCGGGGCCCAGUUGAACAUUAAGUUAAAUAUGAUAAUGUUUGUUUUGUGUUCCAGGGAUUGGUCCGACAAUUUUUUGUGCUUUGAAAUUCUUAUCUUACGUUAUAAGGUUUUAUACAAUGACGAAUUUUAAAUA